UCAUGAUACCCUAUCUGGCUGGGAACGGGAACGGAAGUUGGUCCUUCAUCUCCUUGGGCUGCAAUCUCUUUCUCCGACGAAAUCGAGUUGUCUUUGAAGCUUUCCUGCACCGACCCUCGCUGGUCUAGCACUUCAUGGCAUGGUCUGAGACAUACCAAAUAUUGACAAUACGAAAUUCAAUAACUGAGUUUUGACCUUGCAAUGCAAAAAACGAUAGUGACAUAGUAUGCAAUCAAGAAUAGCUGAAGUAGAUAUAUGAACAGCUGGGAAGAUAGUGCAGCAAUGGUCCCUGAGGUGUAGUGGUCAUGACUACUAAUCACUAAGGUUGCUGCUUUUUGAUAACUAAAACUUUAGCGGAUGCCUGUUAACUUAGUCAGGUUGUUAGAGUGUUACAAACUGCUCCUGCAUUCAUGUCCUGCUAAUCAAUUUUUGUGGUGAUGGAUCGACAAGCACAUGAUUAUGCUGCUAUGGCGUUUGCUCAACAGCAGCACCAAGCAGCUAGCAUGCAACAACAACAGUUUGGUUUUCAUCCCCAACAUCAACAAUUUCCCCCUUCAGUUCAUGGUCCUCCGUUUCUACCUCCACAUUCUUCCCUUCAACAGUUCCCUUACUGUCGCCCCAUUCAGCAACAACAACUCCAUCCUCAUACACCACCUCCUCACCUUCUUCACCUUCAGCAGCAACAGCAGCAACCUCCUGCGUUUCCUCCACAUAUGCCUCCUCACCAUGCACCAUCCCCUUUCCACAAUCCCUAUGAUUCUCCCCCACUUCCAGCUCCUCCCCCAUCUGACCCAGAACUCCAAAAGCGUAUUGAUAAAUUAGUAGAGUAUGCUGUCAAAGUUGGUCCUGAGUUUGAAUCAAUGAUUCGCGAAAAACAGCAAGAUAAUCCAGCAUACAAUUUUCUCUUUGGUGGUGAAGGCCAUUACUACUACCGCUAUAAUCUUUGGAUGGCUACACGCCCACCAGGUGGACCAUUUAAUGCUCCUUUUCCAUCCUCUUUGCCUAUGAUGCAUCCACCAAAUUCUAUGAUGAGUCCAUCACCCUUGAAUGCUCCUUAUAGUGGCUCCAAUCCUGCUGGUUCUGCUGCAAUGUUGGGUCCACCGCAUUUACAUCAACCUUCUUUCCCACCUUUCUAUGAACACCAGCCUUCUCAGCAUUUUGGCCGAGCUGAUUAUGAUCACUCAUAUAGGUCUUUCAAAGGUCUAUCAAGGCCUCUUCCGUCAGAUGUUGAAAUGGAGUUGACCAAUGUACUAAACAGUCUUAAUGGUACCAAAGAGUCGAUUAAAGGUGCGAAGAAUUGGUUCAUGCAGAGGUCUCCAUUUAUACCUGCUUUGGCUGAGGCACUCAGAGAUGGGGUAUUUUCCCUAGAUGAUUCUGAGAGACAACUGCAUAUAGUCUAUCUUGCCAAUGACAUCCUAUUUGAGAGCUUGCAACGACGAGUCAACCCUCAUGAGCUUGACAAUGAGGCACUUGCUUUUAAGCCUAUUUUGGGUCCCAUGCUUGCAAGGAUAUACCACAAUCCUCAAAACAAGGAAGAAAAUCAAUCUCGACUGCAGAAAAUUUUACAGUUUUGGGGCUCCAAGGAAGUCUAUGAUCAGGAUACUAUUCGUUCUCUUGAAAAUGAGAUGAUGAGUGGACUACCUACAAAUUUUGCUGGUCCUCGGAGGGAACUACUGGCUGCAGAUCCUUCUGCUGGUGCAGGAUUGUCACACCAAGUAACAAACCAGAGUGUUUUACACUGGAAGCCUGAUGAACAGGCGCCUCCUUUACCUAGCUUAGCCAAUCAAGAUAAAACAGUUCCUCCAAUACCAUCUGCGGCACCACAUCAAUUUCAUCCUGGUGUAGUUCCACCCACUGGAUUUCCUGGGUCGAUGCCUGUGCUGUCCUCUGUUCCGCAAGGAAAUCUACAAGCUGCAGUUCAUCCCAUGCCAGCAUCAACUACAAAUGCAGGUGGAAAAUUGCCUCCAUACCCCUUAUUUCCUCCUGGUCUUAUUCCUGGUAUGGUUAGGAAGAUGCAGAUUGGUAGUGGGGUGCCUUAUUCUCCGAUGAGCCCUUUGGAUAUCCCCACCAUUAUACCACCCUCCACUGUAUCAGAGUCUGAGAUUCUUGAGAGAGUGUCCAAAUUUUUUAGGGAGAUCGGAGAGGUUAAUCCAUCAGAAGGUCCUGUUAAACCAUCUGAUUCGGCCAAUGAUUAUGAAGACUAUGAGAGAGAUCCUUCUGUUCGCAAGGGAGGGGCUUGCAUCCCUCCACCUCCGAACCUCCAAGUUGACCCAGAAAUUGGGAAUUACUCUGAUGGAAGUGUGGAGCAGAAACCUGGAUUGAAUAGCUCAGGACGGUUAGGACUUGGAGCCAUGGCUAUUCCAGAUGAGUCAAGUCAAUACGAUGAUGUCUAUACUUCUUACAGAAAAGAAAGAAGCACAAAUUACCAUUCAUCAAUGAGUGUAAGAACUGUGAGGGAAUGAUGCUGUACUUUCGUCCAAAGACAAAUUGAUACAGAGAUCAUUUACAGGAAAACUAAGUCGUAGAGGAAAAAAUGCAAGUGGGAACAACUUCAAUUAGUUAUAGUUGCUGCACACAUGCAUUGCGUAUAUACUAUUUUAUAGUUUGUCGGUUUGGAGGUCAACCAAUAUAGCCUAUUUGAAGCAUCAUAGUUUCUGGUAGGGGUCUCAAAAUGAGCUCAAAUAUAGGUAAUCCGCCCAAACUUUUAUGGGUUGGGCUCAACAUAAUUUGUAUUGGGUUCAAUCUCAAUCCAUUCAAGCCUUAACUCAUUUUAAAAGGAUCUUCAAUUGAGCCCAACUUAAUCUCCAAUUUCAAUUCGUUUUAAGGCUCUUUAUUUGUAUUGGUAUAAUGUAUGUUCUCAUAUUAAAUAUAUGAAUUACUAUCUAUUUUUUA